CCUCAAAUGGCUUUUCCUGGUUUGUUUACAGGCGGUUAGCUGGCAAACAGAAAGUUACAGUCCGAGAUUGUUGUGGUCAUAUUAUGGUCAUAUUUUGGUGAUAUUCCGUUCGUCCUGAGACUGUCACUGUAUAACCGGGGCCAGGGAACGUGCGCGUGUGCGUGUGAGAGUCGGUUAAUACUCCAGCCCGUGAGCCGGGGCAGCGCUGCUGCUGUUGGCUGGGCGGUAAACGGUUCAGCCGCUGCUUCUAAAGUAAAAAUUAAACUUCGUCUUUUAUGCUUCUGUAUGAAAUGGACCGGCCAGCAAGGAAUAGAAAAACCGUUAACUACUCGGAUUUCCUGGAUGAUGACGAUGAAGAUUUUGCCACAGUGAAAGGGCCUCCAAAUAAAAAAGCUCGAGCAUCUGUUAAGGACCCUCAUCAUGAAAGUAACAGGGAAACUCCAAGUAACUCUCCAAAAGCAAUGGAUGCUAAAAUUGGGAAAGGACCCAAAGAGAGACUGUCUUUGGAUGAAAAACUACAUAAAAGAGAUUUGGAAGCAGCGCUGAGUCUCUCUCUGCUGCAGAGUAUGGAAAAAGUGGAGGAACCACUCACUAAUGCUCUGGAUGAAAAGUGCCAGCCUCCUGUGCUGACACACUGCAGCAUGGAUGGCAGUUGCUUAGACGAUACAUCUUCAUACCACCUCCUCCCUCGAGAUUCACCUCCUGUGUUGUCAAACUGCAGUGUGGAUGUCAACUGCUUAGGCUUAGAUCACGUCACUAGUGAGCAGACCCCGUCCAGACAGAAGACCUCAAAAACCAGACAGCCUCGGAAACGCGUGUUGCAGGACGAGAACGACAGCGCAGGGGAUGAAGACUACAAACCUCAGAACACACCCGGUACUCAGAGUGACGCAGAUUUCAGUGAUCCUGACGAGAGUGAGGAUGAAGAAUUCUCAGUAAAGAAAAAAGGAGAGAAAAAGAAAACAAGCAGGAAUGAGAAGAAGAAGAUAGCCAAGAAAGAGAGGAACACACCAAAAUUACCCAAAGCCACACAGAAGUCUGCAGUUAGUAAGACGGCAGUCAGUAGGAGUCCAGGAGUUACUCAGGCUGUGCCUGCACAGAAGACGAGUCCCAUCACUCCUCCUAUGCCUAAGCAUGCACUCUGCUCCAGUCCUGCAGGUGGCAGACUUCCAAAGUGGAAUCCUCCUGGUCUGGUGGGAAAUAGCCCUACCUCGUGUCAGAGUGCUCCAGUGAAAUCUCCUGGACUGGGUCUGCGUUUAGGACUGUCCCGUUUGGCUCGAGUCAAACCUCUGCACUCUAAUGCUGCAGCGCAUUGAGUUGACUUAGUAAAUUAUUUGCCAUGUCUUGUACAAAUAGUAUGGCUGAUGUGUCUGUGUUUCUGUCAAAGCAUUUUUUGACAGCAUCAUACUGAUAACUUUGUUAAAUUCUUUCAAUUAUAUUUUGUGUUCAUUUUAAUGGAAAAAAUGUGUCUAGUUGACAUUUUCAUUUUUAUAUUUUUAUAUGUCUGCGUGUGGUGCAUUUCCUCCUGAUCUUGUAUGUCCUGUGAUAUGCAAUAAAAAUAAAUGAUUUUUAGCAUUACA